GGCUCGCCGGCGGCCGGCGCGUAGCAGUCGGCGGAGGGAAGCGGUGCGGGAGGAUGCGGCUCUGGAGCUCUGCGCUGUUCCGGGAGCUGCUGCGGCUCAGCCAGCCCGGUGGGGCCGGAGGCUCCGCGAUCAGGCGACCGCCAGCCCCUUUCGCGGCGGCCGCCUGGGGCGCCGGCUCGCUCCCCAACCCCGGGCCGGGGCGGCUGCUGCCGCCCCCCGCCCGCAGCGUCUGCACCCGCUCGGAGGGGGCCCUGCAGGAGCCGGGCAAGGGGCCGCCGCUCUCCGCCAGGGCGCCGCCCGCCGACGCCGGCAACAACCACAACCACCACCACCACCAGAACGGCGGCCCGGAGCUAGCCGGAGGCGCGGGGGACAAUAAGAUGAAGCAAGGUCUCUUGCCUAGCUUGGAAGAUUUGCUGUUCUAUACUAUUGCAGAAGGGCAAGAAAAAAUUCCAGUUCAUAAAUUCAUUACUGCACUCAAAUCUACAGGAUUGCGUACAUCUGAUCCACGGUUGAAAGAGUGCAUGGAUAUGUUAAGACUAACUCUUCAAACGACCUCGGAUGGCGUCAUGCUGGACAAAGAUUUGUUUAAAAAGUGUGUACAAAGCAAUAUCGUGUUGCUUACUCAGGCCUUCAGGCGAAAGUUCGUCAUUCCAGAUUUUAUGUCGUUUACUUCACACAUUGAUGAGCUGUAUGAAAGUGCUAAAAAACAAUCUGGAGGACAGGUUGCUGACUAUAUUCCACAACUGGCCAAGUUCAGCCCUGAUUUGUGGGGAGUGUCACUUUGCACAGUGGAUGGACAGAGGCAUUCUGUUGGAGAUACCAAAGUCCCCUUUUGUCUUCAGUCCUGUGUAAAGCCUUUGAAAUACGCUGUUGCUGUUAAUGACCUUGGCACAGAGUAUGUGCACAGAUAUGUUGGUAAAGAGCCUAGUGGAUUAAGAUUCAACAAACUGUUCCUGAAUGAAGAUGACAGGCCUCACAAUCCUAUGGUGAAUGCUGGAGCAAUUGUGAUCACUUCCUUAAUCAAGCAAGGAGCAAAUAAUGCAGAAAAAUUUGACUAUAUGAUGCAGUUUAUGAAUAAUAUGGCUGGUAAUGAGUAUGUUGGAUUCAGUAAUGCCACGUUCCAGUCUGAAAGAGAGAGUGGAGAUCGAAAUUUUGCAAUUGGCUACUACCUGAAAGAAAAGAAGUGUUUUCCAGAAGGCACAGACAUGGUUGCUGUAUUAGACUUCUACUUUCAGCUGUGUUCUAUUGAAGUGACGUGUGAAUCGGCUAGUGUGAUGGCAGCAACUCUGGCUAAUGGUGGCUUUUGCCCAAUUACUGGUGAAAGAGUACUGAGCCCUGAAUCAGUCCGGAAUACCUUGAGUCUAAUGCAUUCCUGUGGCAUGUAUGACUUCUCAGGACAGUUUGCCUUCCAUGUUGGUCUUCCUGCAAAAUCUGGAGUUGCUGGUGGCAUUCUUCUGGUUGUUCCUAAUGUUAUGGGUCUGAUGUGCUGGUCACCUCCUUUGGACAAAAUGGGCAACAGUGUUAAAGGGAUUCACUUCUGUCAUGAUCUGGUUUCUUUGUGCAAUUUCCAUAAUUAUGAUAACUUGAGGCACUUUGCAAAGAAGCUUGAUCCUCGCAGAGAAGGUGGCGAUCAGCGGGUGAAGUCUGUGAUAAAUCUCCUGUUUGCUGCCUACACUGGGGAUGUAUCUGCACUCCGAAGAUUUGCUUUGUCGGGUAUGGAUAUGGAGCAAAGAGAUUAUGAUUCACGAACAGCAUUGCAUGUAGCAGCUGCAGAAGGUCAUGUGGAAGUAAUUAAAUUUUUGCUGGAAGCCUGCAAAGUGAAUCCUUUCCCCAAAGACAGAUGGAAUAACACUCCUAUGGAUGAAGCUUUACAUUUUGGACACCAUGAUGUAUUUAAAAUUCUUCAAGAAUUCCAGAUCCAGUACACACCCCCAGAGGAUUCCAGCAAAGGAAAGGAAAAUCAAACAGUUCAUAAAAAUCUAGAUGGCUUACUCUAACCGUCUUCAGCUAGAUCCCAAGAGUCAACUCACUUACGUAUGGUUUUGUGGAAAAUGAGUCUGAAGAGCGUGCGUAUUUCUGUCUGACAGUGGUGUAUUUUACAGAAUAUUUCAUUUAUUUCAGUGUUAGAGUUUUCUUCAUGAUGCGCAGCGGACAAACCUAAUCACUCAAAAAAAAAAAAAAAAACAAACAAACACCCCAAACAACCCCCCCCCGAGAAUCUCCCUCCGUAAUGUGAGCAAUAUUACCUUGUGUUUCGUAUAAUUGAUGUAAAAGAAGUAUUCGCUGUUGAUGGCUUGACUGUGCACUACUUAAUUUAUUUUUGUGUUCUAUGUAUAUCUUCAAACCGUGGUCAGGAAUUUUUCUGCUGAAUUUGCAUUUUUAAACAAUUCUCUUACAGUGUGGUUAAGUGGAACCAUGCUGUUGCCAUGUGCAAGUGUCACUAUGGUUUUGCUAGAUUUCAGGAGUUGAGGAUGCUGGUGUAGAUUUAGUGUGGGUGUGUGGAACAAGGAUCUGAACUUAUCUCUUUUUUUUCCCCCUAAAUAAUUUCCCAUGCAACCUUGUUUACAUCAUCACGUUGUCACAUAGAUCGAUCGGUCCAUCAGCCCUCACAGAGAGCGUGCUGAUGAAAACAACGCAUUUGUUCAUGUUGUUCUAGUCGGUCCUUCAGCCACCUGUUGGCCAGGCUUGUCAGUAGCACCAGACACCUGAUGAGUAUAGCACACCACAGCCCAGAACCGCUGAGCUCAAGCGAUCCACCAGCUUCAGCCUCCCAUGUAGCUAGGAUUACAGGCACACACCACCUUGACCAGUUGUUUACAUAGUAUAAAUCUCAAAAUAAUAUAUUAGUGACAUUUGUCAAUGGUCUGAGCUACUUGUUCUUAGAGAUGAUUUUUGCAGGGAAUCUGUCUUAAGGUUGGUUUGAUGACCAAAUGGCAUAGAGGAAUAUCACUUGUUUGACUUUUUUUUUGAGCUGUUUCUUUCAAUUGCCCUUUGUCUAGCCUCUCUCUUCCAUAUUCAGCCACUGAAGUACUUUCCCUUUAGUUGGAAAAAGCAGGUGCUUCCACAGUAUGCAUUUGUUCCUGACAGGCAUAUGUGCAUCAUGGGGGGAACUUGUAGGCUGCAAAAUAAUUCAUCUCAGUCUUAUGUUUUGUCUUUAGCUGCAAUGGCACCAAAAAUCUUUUCGGGGAAUGUAAGUAUAUGAAAGGCAAAAUACUAAACCAAAUGUUUGAAAUGAGUUAGGCUCACAAUAAAAAAACACUGAUGGCGUGAAACAGCUUAAAGAGGCAUAAAGCCAAUCAAAGCAUGAGCAAGGUUGUGGAUAUGCCAAACUCUCUUCUAUGGUCUCUCUUCUUAUGCUGGCAUAAAUCCUUGAAUAGUUUUGUUGAAGCUUCUGAAGUUACACUGGUGUAAAAAAGGUAAGAAAUCAGAAACAGGGCCACAAAUCAAGCAGUUCAUUUGUGUGUGAACUGUCAUAUUUGCACUCUUCACAUGGUAGUCUGUGCCCUACAUACACCAGUCAUUAGAAAUCUAAAUCCAAAUAUUUGUUCUAUUUUGGGGACCUUUACACUACAUCAGCUUCUUGCCCAAUGCAACAAUAUGUCUGAUUCCUGACACUACAAUAUGAAUGAAGUCACCUUUAAAAAAAUCUCCUGUAGGAGUAUCCAUUUCACAUUUGUUGGAAGUAGGUGAUAGUCAAGACUCAGAUGGAUGGGAAGUGAGACCAUUUGUGGGAACUGCACACAUCUCGAAGAUAUGGCAGUAAUAAUAAUUCAUCCCUAGAUCUCCAGAUGCUGAGGCAUGGAGAGGUCACCCAGCAAGUCAGUGGCAGAGUUAAGAUAUGGAACCCUUGUCUCCUGCAUCCCUUUCCAGUGCUCUAGCCACUAUGCACAUUGCCUCUCCUAAGAAAGAGAAAUCAAAUGGAGGCACUUCAUAUUCAGCACAAGCAGUGGCCUAUCUCAUAAUAAAGAUGCUGUCUUGUAGUAGUUUGAAAGCCUAAACUCCUAAAAUCUGAUUGGUAAAAAUGCUUGCCUGGCAUCCGUCACUUUUUUUUUUCUCCCUCCCUCCCUAGAUCUGAUAUUACUGCUCUCAAGCUGGUUUUUUGCCUCAAGUCAAUUAUUCAUCCGAAGGCCUCAUGCUUUUUUAACCCUCACCUUUCAUGCCUUGUGUCACAGCCACCCUCCUCCUUAACCAAAAACUGGAUGGGAUUCCCUUUGAACCCUUCUUGGCCAGAUGGGUCACUGUUGAGAGCACAAGGCCCUGGCUCUGCUGCACUCCUACAGGAUAAAAGCAGGCAAACUAAAUCCCAUGUUGUCUUCUAUAGCAUUCUUAGACCUACCAAAUUGAUCCUAUGGGAGUAAAAUUUCUCAGGUUGGGCUCUGGGGGUACUGAUUAGGUCUCAGACUAGGAGACACAUUCUGUUUGUUAACUGAUAAGAUUUCUAUGUAUAGCUCUUUGGUUUGCUAAGAAAAUGUAUCCUCUGCUGUCUCAGAAAAAAUGUCAGUGAUUUAUUUUGAUGUAAUUGAAAUCAAUCAAGUUUACUUUGCUCAAACAAUAACAUUUCCAAAAGGUAGGUAUAUGUAUUGAGAAAAUAAAGGCAUUUUAAUUAAAUAGCUUAGAGAUUAUGGCUGUCCCUGAACCUAACGUUUUCCUCCACCAUAUUAAGAGCUUUUAGCUAGAAUUAGGCACAAAUGCAUUUUCACCAGGAUAGUUUUAGCAUUUUCUCAUUGUACCGGGAGAUAUUAUUUUGCAAAGAUUUGUGCCCACUGGAAGCAGUGCAUUUAUUUAUAUAUGCAAUUUAUUUAUAAAUAUAUGUAGUUCACUGGUUUGGCUGCUCAUCAUUGCUUGCACUGACAUGUAGAUUCUAAUUUAAAUGGCUUUUGUUGUGUUAUCAAAUGCUGACAUCCUUAUUCUCCAAAGAGUUUUCUGUGUUAUGUCAUAUAUGUGCUUCUUGUGUAUCACAGCAACUAGAAAUGGUUACACUAACUUAAUGCUUUGUACACAGAAAUAUUGUGCUGGUCUUAGUGUUAAUUAUCCCAUCUUUUUGUGAAAAAUGUGAUGUACUGGGCUGAUAUCUUUUUAACUACUGAACUGGAAUGUCAAUGAGUGUUUUUAUUGAUGCUGUACUAUCGGCAAUUGUGACAGAUUGGUGUGACAUUUUAGAUUCCUUACUGUGGGGAACAGACAGUGAUGAAUGUAUUUGCUUUCAGCAAUUUCCUGUAAGUAAAUCUAAAUUUAAAAAUACUUGAGCUGUACUGGUUCUGAAAAUGAAAGAUUUAUUUUAAUGAAUAAAAUCCAGGUAUUAUUGCUUUUUACAGCACAAUUAAACAGGAAUACCAAAAAAAGAGAUGUUUGAGGGGUUCUUUUAUUGGUUAGGUUUCAGAGUAGCAGCCGUAAGCUACAUCAUUUACCCACUUCUAAUACCAUCGCAACUGAAGUAGCCAAAGAGAGUGGACUUUGUGGAGCCCUCCAUUUUAGGCUGCUUUGAUAUCCUCCAGUCUCAAGGCUACUUUUGCAUUGGGAAGACCUUGUGACAAGCUUUAAUUGUAGCAUCAAAUCAUCAGGAGGCUCCAUCUUGUGGCUAGUGAAUACUGUAGUUUUAAAUCUAAAAGCUUGAUAUAGCAAACAGGAGCUCAUUGGCUUUCCCUUACCUAAUACAGGUGUCCAGUUGGUGAUGGAGAAAUGAUGCUACAAAGGAGUACCCAACCUGCUGAGGGCAUUCUAACAAGAUGACCCUAGUGUUCAUAUCUUUGAAGUGCUGGAGGUCUCCAAUGUCUAUUCUUUAGGAAUAGAGGCUAUCGCUGGGAUAGGGAAGUAAAGGUCUCUGAAUCUGGUGAGUUAUGAAUUAGUUGGGAUGGUCUGGCUAUUGAAAUAGUUAAGAACCACAGAGGGCGAAAUAGGGAUAUACAUACAUCAUUUUGCUCCUGAAGGUUCCUCACAAACUCCUGCCUCAGACCACAGCAGAAAAUUGUGGAAGCAAUUAAGGGAUUCUACUAAAAAUCAACAUCACCUAGCCCUAUACUAAAUAGGUCUCAUAUUGCAGCCAGGAGUGGAGAUGUAUGUUGUUGCUGAUUUCAUGGUUUCAACAUGUUGUAGAUGGCCUUAUGGAGUGCUUGACAGCCCUAAAAAAAACCUUUUUUUGCGUGACCAUGCCAUGUAUAACCAUGACCCCCUGCUGGGCUAUCCACAUUCUUAAAAGGUUGCCUCUGUCUGUCUCCCCUCAUCCCUGCAUUAUUUUACUCCUUGUUGUGUCAAGUUUAUAUAAGCUUGUAAGUACCUUGGGGCAAGGAUAAUGUCACUUGUUCUGUACUGUGAGGGGCGGCAGCAUAGCACACUGAUGGGCACUGUGAAAUAAUUAGCAACAACUAAUGCCUUGGCUAGCCAGACUGCCACUUUGCUAGAUUACUUGUUUGCCCAGAGAGUAGUAAAACAUAUGGCUAAUUCUCUAGCCAUAGAAAUAACUGACAACCAUAUAGAGAUGAAACUGCCCCAGUGGGCUUACAAUCAAAUGGAGGCCUCUUAUGUCAAAAAUUCAAUUAAAUCUCAUCAGUCCAUUGAUACAAUAGUCUUAGAGAAACAUGAUCUCAUUAGUAACCAUAAAACAAUUGCUAAGUGAUGCUUCAAUUUUUUUAACCUGGAAAAUAGUUCUAGUAUUGUAAAACUUUUUAUAACUAUCAUCCAUGCAAAAAUUACAUGAAGCUAGCUACUGUACAUCUACUGGACUCUUGAGAAAAUUUGACUGUCAGAUGCAAGUUGAAUUCAAAAGUGAAGGUAUUAUAAGCACCAUAUACAAAUUAACACAUCACAAUUCUUAGGAACAUCCACUUCAUUUCACUUGAUAAAUAUAUAUGUACAUUUAGCUACUCUAAUGAGAACUGUAAUAAAAUUAACCUGUUGAUAUAUUUUGCAUUUAUGGUCACUGAUUUUUUUAUAGCAAUAUCAAAAUAAGGCAAACUGGCACUAUUUUGCUACCUAAGCAAAUACUCUCAGAUCCAUUCAACACUGGCAUGGAAUCACAGGACUGCAAGGGUCCUCUUUGCAGACAGCAUGCUAGUCUUUACAGGCACAAUGUACUACAUGGAUUUACCACUUCCUUUUCAUGAAGCAAGCUCAAGCAGCUGAUUGUUUAACAAUCUGAACGGUGGAAAUGUAAUUUCCCCAUCCCUUAUAAACUAACUAGCAAAAUGCUAAACUCUCAAGCUGCUGAGAGCCAAAGCACUGCAGCUGUUGCAACAUCGAGACAAGAUAAUUAAUGAUUUUCAGUUUCAUGAGGAGUUAUGAGUUCAUAGUGAGACAUGAAAUUCAAUGAAAUCUGUGUAAGAGGCCACCCUCAUUAGGGAACUGUGGCUUAAUUAGCCUCCAGUGUAUAGAGAACAAAUCUGCUCCUCUGCUAUUAGCAGACUGCCUCUUUCCUCCAAGUACCAAUACUUCUGUGGGCUUUAAGCACUUACUUAACACAGAGUCAAUUGUAAUUCAACUUUCUUUAUCCUACUGCUAUUAAUGAACUGUGUGUCUAUGCAGAGACUAUGCCCUCUUUCAAAUAAGCAAUAGUAAAAAUGAGAAGUCUUCUAAAAUGUGACUUAGUUAAUUGUGGUAUGCACAAUACCUACAGGAAAAGUGUCACCCCGAAGAGAUUACAGUCAAAAUUAGCAUGGGCAGUACAACCAUGUAAAGCAGCAAGGACUGCAGCUAGUGAAUAUCCACAUAGUUCCACUGACUUCAGUGGGGCUGUGCUGCAGUCAAGCCCCUUAGGAUAUGUCAAUGUUGCAAUUAAAAACCUGUAGUUGGCCUGGGCUAAGGGACUGUUGAAUUGCACUGCAGAUACUCAGGUUUCUUAUUGCAGCAAAGCCACAUCCUUGGAGGCCUAAAACUAGUUUAUUUUUCAAUUAAGGUAACCGUGCUGCUUUCACUAUUGGAUUGACGUGCUAGGAAUGCUUUUGUUUGCUGCUACAAAGAGGAAAGCAAGACAUAUUUAUGCUCUGGAUGGGCUUGAGCCUACUCCCAUGCAAGUCAAUAGAUUGACAUGAAAGGUGCAAGAUCAAGCCCUCAGUGGACAACAUGGACUUCUCCAUUCCAACAGUUCCUUGCUAAACUGUAAACUA